UUGACAUUAGAGCCCCAAGUACCUUUUGCGGGAAGGUUAAACGCCGUAGCGCCCACCACCCCGUGUGGCCUUUCUGUUGAUUCCGUAGCUUGUAGUGAGCGCACCUUAGUGAACUAGCCAACGAGCAGCACCCCAAAAAGGUAGUGUUGAGUAGAGUACUAUUAGCAGUACUCACUAUAGCCAGUAGCACUAGCCCUCCCCCACUCCCGGCGGUACCUAGCAUUGAUUAACUAUGGCCGAGGGCACCUACGAGUAUGAGUGUAUGCGGGCGGAGCUGCUCGGUUUGGCACGACCUAGCCGGGAACAGUUCGAGGAGCAGCAGAAACUGAAGCAAGAGGUGGAAGAGGAGGAACAUCUCACCGAGCAGCUAAAAGAGGUCGACCUACAGGAUGAAUCCGUGCAGGGUACGUCCGGUAAGAUGGACGAGCUGAACAGCAUCCUGACGGCCACGCAGCAGAAAAUCAACAAGUUCAAGGUGGCCUGCGGUAGCCUGACGAGUCUGCUGAAGCUACGGCCCUCGACACCGAGCCACGAUCCAGCGGCCAGUGGAGGGGAGGCCUCUGGCUCUGCGAAUGCCGGCGCCGACGAGGGAAAGUCCAUAAACGAUGCGCUCGAUACGCUCGACACGAUGAAGGACCUCAAUACGGCUUCCGAUGUGUCGGUGGCCAAGUCGGCCGCCAAGGACAUUGGCCAGAAGAUGACAUCGCAGCUCGACAAGCUCGAUUCGCUGCUGUACAAGGCGGACAACGCUACCUACUCGAUGAAGCACCAGACAAAUCAGAUGAACAAAAUCGCCAAGUAAAGAAACACCCGGCACAGGGGGU